AUGAAACGGAGAAAGAUGGUCGAGAGUCUACAGAUACAAGAUAUGAGGGAGAAAAAGGCUAGGACAACUUCGCAAGAUGGAAGUACGACAGUUCUUGGAAUCGCCAAGGGUUUCACUCCCACAGACUCGUUAUCUUUGAUAGGCUUCAGAGAUGAUAUUGUUAUUUCAUUUCUUGUGGAUAAACUUGCAAAGGGGAGAGCGGGGCAGCAAGAAGCAAUUGCUGCUGGGCAAUCCUGGAUUUUGGAGUUACCGAAGAUAUCGCACAAGUCGCUGGCAGCACUGGGAGCUUCAUUUUUCGGGUUUGCGUAUAAGCAGCGUGAUGUUGGACUUGCAGCUAUCAAGAUUUAUGGAAACGUCUUGUCUGAUAUGCAGAAAUGCAUAUCGAAUCGAGAGGAUGUACGAAGGGGUGGUACUGUAGAGAUUAUAACACUGAUGUGCAUGUUUGAGCUUAUGACUCAUCGAGAGGGAACGGGUUGGUUAUCUCAUGCUCAAAUGCUGGAGCAUUUGUUGAGCUCUUUCGGACCGAAGAGGCUUAUGACUGCAUCAGAGAGAUCACUGUUUCUGGAGCAGAGACACUUACUAUUUUCUCGAGCUAUUAUGACUCAAACAGAAACAUGUAUGGCUCAGCCAGCAUGGAAGUCUAUACCAUGGGAGCUAGACCCAACUUCAAAACAACCCAUUGAUUUCUUAAUGGAUAUUAUGUGCGAUAUUGCGAAUUAUCGAGCACGACUCAGAGAGCUCUCCACAUCUAAUGAGAAUUGCCAACUUGCUGCGGAUCUUAUUUCAACUUUACACGAAUUGAAUGACUGGUGGGAGGACUACGCUGUCGAGUCAAUAUCAUGGUGUACAGAAGUAAAAGCGGACGCGCAGAACAGUGUCAUGCAAGAUGAUGAUGGUCCUAUUUUAGACACACUAUUCCAUUACAAAGAUGUGUGGACAGCACAUAGCAUCUGUUUCUACGACGCUACUAGAAUUCUGCUUUUAGAAUUACUCAAAGCGGUACUACCAUGUGAGAUAUUCGCACAAGUUUCCUUGGAGAAUCCCAACAGAACACCUUUACUAGGCAGAAGCUCUGACACAAAUGCGCUUGCUCUUGAGAUCAUUCGGUCUUUGGAUUACACCAAUCGUUAUUAUGAGAAUUUUAUGGGCACAUUCUGUGUGGCUUUGGUCUUGGACGUAGCCUACAAGGCACUCGAAGAAGAGUCAAGAAUACGUAGAUGGCUAUUGGGUGGACAGGAAGCGAAGAAGCUUGCGAAGGACAAAUCGAAAGCAAAUUCCCCGGCAGAACUGCCAUUGGUAAUGCUACCUACAUGCCAAAUCAGUUAUGAAAGAUGGUUCUAUCAGUCUCUAAGAUGCCCUAUAAGCUUAUUAGAAAAUCAUUUACCGAGUACUGCUUAG